UCCCAUCUUUACACAACUCUCCCCACACCCUGAUUCGUCCCUUCCACCGCUCCGUUCUCCACCCCCAACAAACCCUAUCGCCCGAUCCCCCUGAGCUCCGCCGCCUCCUCCGCCCCCACCCUCCUCCUCCUCCGCAGCCGCAGCCGCAGCCGCAGCAGCCUCCGCCGCCUCUAUCUCCGCCUUCGCCCACCGCGCGAAGCUCCGCCUCUUCCCUCUUUGCCUUCUACGGUAGAGAUGAGGUAGCCGCAAUCGAAACCUUAGCUCCCAUUUCCGCUGCCUUAGAUUUCUUUGCUGCGCCUUUGAACGAAGCUCCGGCGCGUAGAUCCACUGGAACCCUAGAGGAAGAGGAGUGCUGCGAAAUCCCGCCGAUUCGGAUCAGCUAUAAGGGGUCGAGGAGCCCUAGGUAGUGUAGGCGUUCGGUAAGGUUAGAAGGAGACAGCAAGAGAAGGGAGGAAGAAGAAAACAGGGGGCAAGAUGAGGAUUAUGAUAAAGGGCGGUGUGUGGAAGAACACGGAGGAUGAGAUCCUCAAGGCGGCGGUGAUGAAAUAUGGCAAGAACCAGUGGGCUCGGAUCUCUUCGCUUCUUGUUCGCAAGUCCGCAAAGCAGUGCAAGGCCCGAUGGUACGAGUGGCUCGAUCCAUCGAUCAAGAAGACUGAGUGGACCAGGGAAGAAGAUGAGAAGUUACUGCAUCUUGCAAAACUCAUGCCUACUCAGUGGAGGACAAUUGCACCAAUUGUGGGACGAACGCCAUCUCAGUGCCUCGAGCGCUAUGAGAAACUACUUGAUGCAGCCUGCGCAAAGGAUGAAAAUUACGAGCCCAGUGAUGACCCACGAAAGUUGCGACCAGGAGAGAUUGAUCCAAAUCCUGAAUCUAAACCAGCACGGCCUGACCCAGUCGAUAUGGAUGAGGAUGAAAAGGAAAUGCUUUCAGAAGCCAGGGCUCGGUUAGCCAACACCAGGGGAAAGAAGGCGAAACGCAAAGCAAGGGAGAAACAACUUGAAGAGGCUCGCCGGCUUGCAUCCUUGCAGAAGAGGAGAGAAUUGAAGGCAGCUGGUAUUGACACAAGGAACCGGAAGAGGAAAAGGAGAGGGAUAGACUAUAAUGCGGAAAUACCCUUUGAAAAGAGACCGCCUCCAGGAUUCUAUGAUGUUACAGGUGAAGACAGACCUGCGGAGCAACCUAAGUUCCCUACCACUAUUGAGGAACUAGAAGGGAAAAGGAGGGUCGAUGUAGAAGCCCAGUUAAGAAAGCAAGAUAUUGCAAGGAACAAAAUUGCACAGAGACAAGAUGCUCCUGCUGCUAUACUGCAAGCAAACAAGCUGAACGAUCCAGAAGCAGUUCGGAAGAGAUCGAAACUGAUACUUCCACCACCACAGAUUUCGGAUCAUGAGCUGGAGGAGAUUGCAAAGAUGGGUUAUGCGAGUGAUCUUGUUCUAGCUACAGAGGAACUUAGUGAAGGAAGUGGUGCCACUCGAGCUCUUCUUGCUAAUUAUUCACAAACGCCGAGGUUAGGAAUGACGCCUUUGCGCACACCGCAGAGAACUCCAGCUGGUAAAGGCGAUGCUAUUAUGAUGGAGGCUGAAAAUCUUGCACGCCUGAGAGAGUCACAGACGCCUCUGUUAGGAGGGGAGAAUCCGGACCUUCAUCCAUCGGAUUUCUCAGGUGUUACCCCACGGAAAAGGGAGAUACAAACUCCCAAUCCGAUGGCAACUCCUCUGGCAAGUCCUGGCCCUGUGAGCCUCACCCCGAGGAUCGGCAUGACUCCCUCAAGAGAUGGACAUUCUUUUGGUGCAACUCCAAAAGGAACUCCUUUUCGGGACGAACUUCACAUUAAUGAAGAGAUGGAGAUGCACGAUAGCGGGAAACUUGAGCUCCGUCGGCAGGCUGAACUGAGAAAAAACUUGCGCUCUGGUUUGAUGAACCUUCCACAGCCUAAAAAUGAAUACCAAAUAGUAAUACAACCUAUUCCGGAGGAAAAUGAAGAAGUUGAGGAGAAAGUUGAGGAGGAUAUGUCGGACAGGAUAGCAAGGGAAAAGGCUGAGGAACAAGCAAGGCAAGAGGCCUUGCUGAGAAAGAGAUCUAAAGUGCUUCAGAGAGAGUUACCUAGGCCACCUGCCUCCUCUUUGGAGCUGAUAAGAAAUUCCCUCAUUAGGGGUGGCGAAGGUAGAAGUUCUUUUGUUCCCCCCACUUUAUUUGAGCAGGCUGAUGAAAUGAUAAACGGGGAGCUGCUUGCACUUCUAGAGCAUGAUAAUGCCAAAUAUCCGAUUGACGAUAAACAAGAAAAGGAGAAGAAAAAAGCAACCAAGCGUGUGGCAAAUGGGAAAGCUUCUGCUUCCAUUCCUGAAAUUGAAGAUUUUGAAGAGGAUGAGCUGAAAGAGGCUGAUUCUAUGAUUAAUGAAGAGGGAAUGUUUCUUCGUGCGGCAAUGGGACAUGAGAAUGAAACCUUCGAGGAUUUCGUCAAAGCACGUGAUGCAUGCCAGGAGGACCUUAUGUAUUUCCCCACUAGCAACAGUUAUGGUCUUGCCAGUGUUGCUCAAAACAGCGACAAGCUUGUGGCUCUACAAAACGAGUAUGAGAUUGUGAAAAAGAAAAUGGAUGACGAGGCAAAGAAGGCUACAAAGCUUGAACAGAAGAUUAAAGUUCUGACACAUGGAUACCAAGCAAGAGCUGGAAAAUUAUGGUCACAAAUUGAGGCAACAUUCAAGCAAAUGGGCACUGCUGCAACCGAACUUGAAUGCUUUCAGGAUCUUCAAAAGCAGGAACUGUCGGCUGCCGCAUACAGAAUCAAUAAUCUGAUUGAAGAAAUCAACAAACAGAAAGCACAAGAACAAACUCUUCAGCACCGUUAUGGAUCUCUCUUGGCUGAUUAUGAAAGAAUCCAGGGCCUUUUGGAAGAACACAAAAGACAAAUUAAAAUACAGGAAGAAAUCGCAGCACAAAAUCGCGCUCGUGAGGAGGAAAUCGCUUCCAAGAAUCACAUCGAGGAAGAAAUCGCAGCCAUGAAUCGUGCUAUUGACGAAGAUGUCACCGAUAAUAACUCUGCCCACGAGGAUCAAAUGGCUGUUGAAACUUCUAAUCUAGAUGGACAGUCUGAAACUGUUGAGUUGGCACCAGGUGAUCAAUUGAAUGUGAAAGCUCUGGUUGACAAUGAUAUUGUUGAAUGUCAGAGUGCGAGCGGCGCUGAUAUGAUUUCAGAAGACAUGAAUGAUAAUAAGGAGCCAGUUGAGUUAGCAAAUGUGGCAGAUGGGAUUGUGGAUGAAGAUAACAUGGUAAUGGAUGAGAAGAUGGGAGUCACAGAGAAUAAUCCAGUUGAAGCUAAUGUUUCUGUGCAAACUCCUACGAAAUAUGACAAUGCUGAUCCCAGUACCGAUGAGCAGGCAGUUAUUGAUUCAGGCGAGCAAAUGGUCGCUGACAGUUUGAUCAAGGAAAACACCGAGUCUGUUGCUGUUAUUGACUCUUCUUUCAUUUCUGUGGAAGGUGAGAACACCUCAGAUGGUCAAGUUUCUAUGUCUGAUCCUAAUGGAGUAACUGCUGAGAGUGAUGCUACACGUACCGUUUCCUUGGGAAAAUGUGACAGUUAACCUAGAUGCUGGGAUUAAAAUAAGCCAUUUGGCAUACCUCUCUCGUAAUGGAACGGGUAAAAGCUGAUCUUGUCAUGUCUGCAAGCAAGCUUAUUUGUCACUCCCUGGAAUGUUUAUUCUGGAUUUCUGGAAUCUGAGAGUAAUUUCAUCUGUGAUGAGCUGAACGUAAGAACUGCUCUUAAUUUGAUUCCUUGUUUCUAAGGCCGUGUAUGUUGGUGCUCUAGGUCACUCAUGGGAAGGGGAUGGUGUUCAUCGCUCUGGUUGUAAUGUUUUUGUGAAAACCAAUGGCAUUUCCAAUCUGAACCAACUUGUGUACUUUCAUGCACAUUUGAGUAUGUUAAUGUUUGCUAUGCAAACUCGAAAUAUGAAUCAUUAGCUAUUUAAAUCGCUGAAAUGGUACCCCCCCCACCACCCCUUCCUUUUUUCAUGCUGUUACUUUUAUGUUCUACCACUCUGCUCCCUUGUAUAUCUUUGGUUGUGUUGCUGUUUUAUCUCUGAUUUCAUAUGGUGAAAAGUUCCAGUGGUGGGCUGGGAUUCUGUA